AUGCUUAUGGCCAUGACAGCAGAAAAACUCGGCGAGCAAUACAAACUGAGCCGUGCUGAUGUAGAUAAAUAUGCAUAUCAGUCACAAACGCGUUGGAAAGCUGCGCACGAUGCGGGAUUAUUUAAAAGCGAAAUAGUGCCCAUCAAAAUGAAAACAAAGAAAGGCGAUACAACGUUUGAUGUUGACGAACACCCACGUGUUACUGAACUGCGCGAGCUUUCCUCUUUGAAACCUGUUUUUCAAAUGAAUGGCCUGGUAACAGCAGGCAAUGCAUCUGUAAGUUCUCUUCGUCCACUUAUUCAUAAAGGUCUUCUAGCAUAUCAUAUUCUGUUGGGUGAAAGAAGGUUGAAAAACGAACAAUUCGACAAUAAAAAACCAAGGCACUAA